GGCAGUGAAUGGCGAAGAUUCUGCGAAGAAGGCCCGCCCUGUGGGCCAGCAGUGCAGAGCUGAGGAAGCGGGCAAAUUAUCGCGCGCUCCUGCGCCCCUGCUCUUGGUCCUGCGACCACCUAGCAGCGAAGCCAGUGGCGGCGGCUGGCGUGUGAUUCAGUCGCCCCGCGUGUUGGGUGGCCGCUUUGUUUU